AUGUCGACCGGACGCAAGGUCUUUCAUUGUGCUGUGGACGAGACGGCCUUGUCCACCAACAUUAGCGAAAUUAAGAAAUGGACCACCAACGGCGCCAUCGAUCUCGUGGUUCCUCUCUACACCCUCGAACGACUCCAUGCGCUGAAGCGGGCGGGAUCGCAGGUCGCCAUCAAUGCUCGCGAGGCAGUGCGCUUUCUCGACCGGGUUACCUCUGGCAAAGAUCAUAUCGCCGCCGACCGAGUUGUUCUCCAGGGUCCUAUGGAACAAUAUGAGCGCUGGGAGGAGGCGGAGAAAUUCUUCCUUCCGGAAUUCGAGGAGGAGCCCGAGGUACCCGAUAAUGCAAUCCCCAAUGGUGGGCCAGCGAUCGAACCCAGCGCCAAUGAGACUUCGACCAAAAACGAGCCGGAUGAUCUGUCGCAAAUGCUUUUGUCCAAGCUGAACUUCAAGAAGGACCCGGAGGCUGCGUCGAUCACCUCCGUCGGCACCCCCAGUGGACCUGGCUCGCGCACAUCCUCCCGCAGCUCUCGCACUAGCCCUGAUUGCGCCCAGCAUGGCUCCAGUAACGGAACAAGAACGAAUACUGACAAGAGCAAGAACAAGUCUGCUAAUCACCAGCGUACUGUCUCCGGAUCCGUCAUCCCGACCGCGCCGCCCGCUUUGCGCCCAUUGCUGAGCGCUCUGCUUUGGCGCUUGCAUACCGGCCCCGAUGCUGAGAACUCCGCUAAGACCUGCAUUCUUAUCUCUAACGACCGAGCCACCCAGGUGUGGGCUCAGAAGUUUGGCAUUGGUGUCAAGAACAUUCUGCAGCUGCGCACUGCUAUCCAGUACGAGGAGCGCGAGUACAAAAAUCGCUGCAAAUACGUUGAGAAAACCCAGACACAACCCGCCGAACCCAAGACAUUGUUGUCUUACGAGGAAGAGAGCGACGAGGAUGAGUUGGUGUUUGUCCCCCGUGGUCGUGGUAAAGGAACCCCCCGAGGUGGCUCACGUGGUGGAGCUCAGCGCAAGGCUGCCCCCAAGGCUGCCCCCCCUCCUGUUGAGCCUAUUGUUACCGUGGAAGUGCCAACCCAGCCCAUUGACCCGGAUUCGUUCAGCCGAUCCCUAGGAGGUGCAGCUAAGGCACCUGCGGUAGACUUGAACAUUCAACAAGGUACCGCCAACGCUACCCGCGGUAACUCGGGAGGCUCUCGUCGCUCGUCCAAUGGCCGCCGUGGUGGGUCUUCGCGAGGUGCACGAGGCAAUGCUCGUGGCCGGGGUAAGCUCUGGGUUCCUUGA